CCAUCUGGAGACUUUUUGAACUCAUACCUCACCACCACGGAGAGACAUCAUUCCAGCCACAAACUCCCCGAAUUGUCAGUCCCUCCUAUAUAGUCGCGUGCACUUCUUAUCGGCAGCCUACCCAUACUCCCAACCCUUCACUCAACCGAAACAUAAUAAUCAUGACCAACUUCAACAUCCAGAUCAUCUCCGACACGGUGUGUCCGUGGUGCUACGUCGGCUACCGCCGCCUCAGCCGGGCCAUUGCCCAGCACAAAACCUCCCACCCCAGCGACACCUUCACCCUCAGCUGGCACGCCUUCUACCUGCACCCGGAGGGGCCGGGCUACCCGGGCCUCGACAAGCGGGAGUCCUUCCGCAAGAAGUUCGGCCAGCAGCGCGCCAGCGCCAUCAUCGAGAGGCUGACCUCGGUCGGCAAGACCGAGGACAUCGACUUCAGCUUCGGGGGCCGCACCGGCAACACCCGCGACUCGCACCGCCUGCUGUGGUGGGCCGGCCAGAAGGAGAAGGCCGAAGCCAGCAGCAGCACCGCCGCUACCGCCGCCGCCGACAAGGGCGUGGUCGGCGGAUUGCAGACCCGCGUGGUCGAAAAGCUGUUCCGCGCCUAUUUCGAGGAUGAGAAGAACAUCACCGAUCCCGCCGUGUUGACCGAGGCCGCCGUCGGGGCCGGCUUGGACAAGACCGCGGUCGAGAAGUUCCUCGCCUCCGAGGACGGCGGGAAGGAGGUCGACGUCGAGGCCUAUGUGGCGCAGCGCCAGUUGGUGACCGGGGUCCCCUACUUCAUGAUCAAUGGAGAGUAUGCGGUGCCCGGGGCGGAUGAGCCCGAGACUUUCUUGGAGGUAUUCGACAAGGUGAAGAGUGCGUGAUGUAUGGGGAUGAGAGAUUGCUGUAUGCGGGAGUUAAGUUUAUGUUUAUUGGUACGGGUAAGAUUAGAUAGAUUCUUCAUUUGAGCAAGUCUGGGGUAAUGCCGGAGAUAACCGAGGCUAUCCCAUUCAUGAGUCAGAAAUGAAGCAAAGUAGUCUCGCAAUUAGCUGUCCUGUAGCUAUGCCAUCCUCUAAGGCACCGCCUAUGGCGACUAACUGGGAAAGGAAAUAGAGGUCCGCUCAAACGCCACAAUCAUGCAAGCAAAGAACUACUACAAUAGAAAAAGAAGUCGAAAAAGUU